AUGACGCUCCGUGUUCCUAAUUUCUAUGGUGCUGUGACGUGCAUGAAUGACGAUGACGAUGAUGACGAGGUGAACCUUCGCCCUAACAACCGUCAGCAUACCAAGCCCCUGCCACCUGACACCCCCCUGCCGGACUCUGUAACCGGCAAGGGGGCCCCAGGGGGGCCACGCCCUCGAUGGAGCUCCCCCAGCCAGGGGCCGCCACCUCCGCCGUGCUCUAGCGUUGCCGCCUGGUGCCUAGACGUCCUAAUCCUCGUCCUCCAGGAUGAGCUCUUGGAGGGAGGCCUCGAUUGCGUCCACGACUUUAUCGGCCUCCUGGUGGAGGGUUUCCUCCAGGAUGAGCUCUUGGAGGGAGGCCUCGAUUGCGUCCACGACUUUAUCGGCCUCCUGGUGGAGGGUUUCCUCCAGGAUGAGCUCUUGGAGGGAGGCCUCGAUUGCGUCCACGACUUUAUCGGCCUCCUGGUGGAGGGUUUCCUCCAGGAUGAGCUCUUGGAGGGAGGCCUCGAUUGCGUCCACGACUUUAUCGGCCUCCUGGCGGAGGGUUUCCUCCAGGAUGAGCUCUUGGAGGGAGGCCUCGAUUGCGUUCACGACUUUAUCGGCCUCCUGGCGGAGGGUUUCCUCCAGGAUGAGCUCCUGGAGGGAGGCCUCGAUUGCGUCCACGACUUUAGCAGCCUCCUUGCGGAGGGUCUCCUCCAGGAUGAGGUCCUGAAGGGAGGCCUCAAUAGCGGCCUGUACUUUAGCAGCCUCCUUGCGGAGGGUCUCCUCCAGGAUGAGGUCCUGAAGGGAGGCCUCAAUAGCGGCCUGUACUUUAGCAGCCUCCUUGCGGAGGGUCUCCUCCAGGAUGAGGUCCUGGAGGGAGGCCUCAAUAGCGGCCUGUACUUUAGCAGCCUCCUUGCGGAGGGUCUCCUCCAGGAUGAGGUCCUGGAGGGAGGCCUCGACUGAGGCCACGACUUUGUCAGCCUCCUGGCGGAGGGUGACAAAGUCCAUCUCGAGAGGGCCGGCAAUGGGCUCCUCCCGUCGGUGUCGAGGAGACACCUCAGCCGCGACGUAAGAUCGAUCCCCGUCGCGGCGGGCUGCGGCGGCUCCGGCCUCAGCCACGCUGAAUGCCUGGUUAUCGGGCUGCAUCUUAUGGAAGGAGACAGUGUACAUUGUCAAUUUAUACU